AUGGUUGAACUUUAUCCAAAUGAUUUUGUAGAUGUGCCGGAAGUGGCGGUACGACAUCAGCUUCAGAAUUAUGUUAGAAAUGUUCGAUGUGAUCCAAAAUUUGCAAAUUUAAACGGACUUUCAGAUCUUUGUGCAAAACUUGUGGAAACAAAAAAAUGCAACACUUUUGAUAUAGUUUAUAAGCUUCUGACGUUGGCUUUAGUCUUGCCAGUAGCACCUGCGAGCGUGGAACGUGUUUUUUCAGCUAUGAAGUUUGUGAAGAGUCAGCUAUGUAAGAAAAUGGGUGAUCAAUGGUUAAAUGAUCGUCUUGUAACUUUUAUAGAAAGAGAUGUUCUUGGAACAAUUAACAAUGAUGUUAUUUUAGCUCAUUUUCAAGAAAUUGAUACUAGACGGUUUUCAUUGUAA